AUGACAACUACGACGCCAUCUCUGACUAGCCUCGCCGAAGCUGCAUCACAAGCAGCGACAGCUUUGGCAGCGAAGCUUGAGAAAGGCGGAUUUCCUGCUCCGUCUUUUGAACAAGAUGGCCUCGCCGACUACCCAAAGGAUCCUGAUAUCAUUGGUCUUCGCAUGCAACUACUCGAUGCCACCAUUGACCUCUAUCGCCUUGCUCUUGGGCCGACUGAUUCAUCCUUUAUGGGUCCUCUUCUUGCAUUCCAUGAUGCAUCUGUCACAAACAUCCUGAAUCAAUUCAACUUCUGGAACGCUGUACCAAUCGACGGGUCGGCGACAUAUGCUGAAAUCAUUGCUCGGGUUAAACUUCCAGAAAGUAUCGUGCGCCGCGUCCUCAAGUAUGCUAUCUCGAUUCGUAUCUUUGCCAGUGCCAACGAUCAGCCUGAUAGCGUUUGUCAUACUUCUAUAUCUGCUCUUCCUGCCCGGAAUCGUCUGUAUCAGAAUUGGCUUCGACAUCUGUUGGAGGAGGCCGGUCCUGGUUCACUUCACGUUGCAGAGUCACUCUGGAAGUUCAGCAGCGGCAAACAGGAGCCUAGUCAGGAACCAGCUGAAAGCGGUUUUUCCUUGGCUAAUAUUGACAAAUUGAAUAAACCUCAGACGUUCUGGGACUAUGUCAAUCGCGAAGCCGAAGGCAAGCCGAAAGGCUGGCGUAGUGCAAGAUUCGCCGAGUGCAUGCAAGUGGCAGCAUCGGCCUCUGUCAUCAAGACUGAUGACUUGCUAAAGUCGGCUUAUGACUGGAAUAAGCUUGGUGAAGCUACUGUGGUUGAUAUUGGCGGUUCUAGUGGGCAUGACUCUACUACCAUUGCUCAGGCGUUCCCUAACUUGAAGUUCAUUGUCCAAGAUCUUCUUCAACUUCGGACCUCUUUCGAUGAGCAAGUACCUGCCGAGAUCAAGUCUCGGGUCAAGUUUGAGCCGCACGAUUUCUUGCAAGCCCAAAACACCCAAGGCGACUUUUAUAUGCUCAAGAUGGUUCUUCAUGACUGGCCUGACGAGUGUGGCUCACGAGUCGUUCUCGUUGAAGCUGUGGCUCCUCCGGACACGCUGAGUCAUAUGCUCAAUGCGGCAGACAUGCACAUGUUGCAGUUCUUCAACUCUCAGGAGCGCAGCUUGCAGGACUGGACCAAUCUGCUCGCAAAGACAGAUAAGCGGUUGACUUUCACGUAUAUAUCUGAAGUUCCUGGAUCUGUGCACCUGCGUUAA